AUGUUGGGAAAUGAGACAAGGAUAACAGAAAUCAUCCUCCUGGGAUUUGGAGAAUUGACAGACUUUCAGAUUCUUCUUUUUUUAGUAUUCCUCGUGAUUUACAUUGUGUCCAUAUCUGGAAACAUUCUCAUAUUUGUAAUUGUUAUCUUUAGUCAGCAUCUUCAUACCCCCAUGUACUUCUUCCUAGGGAACAUUUCCUUCUUGGACAUUUGCUAUACCUCUAAUAUACUUCCAAGAAUGCUUUUGGCUCUCCUGACUGGGAAUAAAGUGAUUUCUUUCAGCAACUGCCUCAUGCAAUGGUACCUCGUUGGUUCUUUGCUAGUUACAGAAUGCUGUUUAUUGUGUGCAAUGUCUUAUGACAGGUAUUUGGCAGUCUGCAAACCACUACACUAUGUAACAAUGAUGAAGACCCAAACUUGUGUAAAAUUAGCAGUUACAUCUUGGAUCAACGGAUUUACAGUUUUUAUGAUAUUACUCAUUCUGUUAUUGCAGUUAAAUUUUUGUGGCCCCAAUGAAAUAGAUCAUUACUUUUGUGAUUAUUUCCCAAUCCUAAAGCUCUCUUGCAGUGAUACGAAGAUGAUAAUACAGUUCGGUUAUCUUGUCGAUGCCAUGUUUACAAUUCCUCCAUUCUUUCUAACCUUGACAUCCUAUGUAUACAUUAUAGCUACCAUCUUGAAAAUUCCCUCUACUACUGGGAAACAAAAGGCUUUUUCUACUUGUUCCUCCCACCUGAUUGUGGUGUCUGUUUUCUAUGGGUCUCUAAUAAUUGUGUACAUGCUGCCAAAGAAUGAAGGAAAGCAUGAUGUAACAAAAUUUUAUUCUCUUCUGUAUAUAGUGCUGCCCCCUCUUCUUAACCCUUUUGUAUACACCCUGAGAAACAAGGAGGUCAAAGAGGGUUUGAAAAAUGUUAUUGGGAAGAUUGUGUGCUACAAACUCAUUCCAUGA